AUGGCUGAAGCGCAUCACCCUCCUGGAGGAGGUGACGCAUCCAUGGAUCCUUCAACACCAGCUCAAAACGGAACAGCGCCGCCCCUCUCAACGACACUGCCAACAUCGUCGACCAGCGACCUCCCACCCGACUCGGAACUGGUUGCAUCCCUGCCAGUCUACCUCAGCAAGUCUCUCCUCGGCGACUCUUCUCUGCAUGUCUUCCAAUACCCAAUCUAUCCACGAGACAGACCGCUUCCGGUACCUUACUCGGCAGCUGCCCGAGGCCUCAAAGUGUCGAGCCGAUGGCGACCACGAGCCAACCGUGUGGAGGUGGAACUGCCGCUCGACGUUCGAGAGGAAGUGUACAACACGGAUCGAGGUACCGAGUUCGGGGCAGGAGCCGAAGUCUUGGCGCAAAAGCAGGCACGAGCUGACGCAGCACAUGGAGGUGCCGCAGCGACGUCUGAACCCGUCGCUUCCGGCAGCAGGAGUCGAGUCAAGCAGGAAAAGGAUCACGAAGCGCAGUCGAACCGCGGACCCAAGAAGCUCGAGAAGAUCAAGCUCGAGAGCACACAAGUUCCCAACGCUACCGAAUACAUGGUCGGCGUCAUCCGCGAUCAAGCGCUCCACCUCACCCGCCUCGAGUCGAUCGUGCAACUGCGACCCUCGAUGAACUACCUCGAUGCGUUGGACGAGGCGCGCGAAGCAGAAAAGCGUCGAGAUCGAGCUGCGCUAGCCGGUGAACUCGGUUCGGACGAGGAGGACGAAGACGAGCUGAUCGAGAUGGAGGCUUCCGGUGAAGGAUCUUCCCGAUCUAAAGCGAAGAAGGACGUCAAGAAGCCGACGGCACAGACGCUCAGUGUUGCGUUGCGCACCGAUCCGAAUGCGAAGAAACCAGGUGGGAUGAUGAUGGGCGGUGGCGGGACGAGCGAAGCGCGCGACCAGCUCAUGGCAGCUCAACGAGAGGCAGAUGCCGAACGCUGGAUCGAUCUGGAUUGGAGGGAGCAGGGUUCGCACGAGGCGCAGCAGAUCUUUGACGCACAGCUGUUUGCCGGGUCUAAGACCGCUUUGACGUGCAAGACCAGGCCCCGAGAUUACCUUUUGCAUGCCCUACCCUGA